AUGAGCAGCGACUCGACCAUUGCGAGCACCCCUAACGAGACCGAUAUCGCCUACUUUCCCGAAGUCGUCUUCCCAGCCGGCAACUCCGACUUCCGCGCUGCACGGAACCGGUGUGCACGAGCCUGCCGAGAGUUCAACACCACUCCCGACGACGCGGACCCGGAGGAGCGGAGCCAGAAAUGGCUUGACAUCGUCCGCCCGGACCGUGACCGCACCGAGGAUAGCGUAUUGGCCGUAACCCAUGACCAAACCUUCGCCAACCCGGCCCUCAAGGCCAAGACCCCCUUUAUCAAGCCGCCCGUCUACAUCGACUAUGGCGUCCGCUUGCAUGUCGGCGGUUCCACCUUUAUCAAUCGGAACUGCAUGAUCAUGGACACGCCCGUGGCCGACGUGGUCAUUGGCGAAGGCUGCAAUAUCGGCUCCAACUGCUGCAUUAUCGGCGUUACCCAUCCCGUGCGGCUCGACGAGCGCCUCCAGAGGCACAGCAUCGGCCAGCCAGUCACUAUCGGCAACGACGUCUGGAUUGGUGCCAACGUUACCAUUCUGGGCGGUGUAACAAUAGGCGAUGGCGCCGUCAUUGGUGCCUGCUCCCUCGUCAAGCGAGAUGUCCCGCCCAUGAGUGUCGCCUUCGGUGUGCCGGCCCGCGUGGUCCGUUUCCUCAAGGACGUCAAGCCCGCCCUCAACAGCUCAUCCGUCAUGGCCCAUACGAUGGCUGACGGAAUGCGGCUGGGGAACCGCUUACCAAUGAGGGGGCAAUUCGAUCCCGGCUCCCGCGACAGUUCCGGGGGUGGGGAGUACCAAGAGGAUGGACAUGCUUGCAACGGCUCGGUUGUGGAGGGGGAUGGGCUGUUGGACUUUGACCCGUUGGGCGUGGACACGGAUGUCGACAUGGAUGGGCCCCUGCCGUCCGGGCGGCGCUUCUCGGGUGGCUCGGGGUCCACUGCGCACAGCGUGCUGCACGACGUCGGGCUCAGGGACCGGUUGGGGCGAGGGAGUGUACGGGAUAGGGAGGUCAGGGCACUGUUGCUGCCGCGGAGGAGGCACCAACAGCGUCGACGGCAGCGGUGGGAUGUUGAGGCUGCUGCCAUCACGGCGGUGGUGAUUGCGUUGCUGAUGGUGUUUUUCUUUGCCGGCGUCUAUUUGGGGGCAAGCAAGAUUUCUUUUGGGCCUGAUUUGGGAUACCUGUAG